UCUGAUGAACGCAAUACCCUUCAAAACCUCAGGCCGCUGAACUGGCAGUACGAACCCAGAGACGAGAGCGGUGCUGGAGCCACACUGAAAAUCUACGGCCACACUCUGAGGAGGACAUGGACCUGCGGGGAGUGAAGGUCAUGAGCUUAAACCGGUGAUGUUGCAGCUGUUCUGUUGGGUCACACACAGAGCCUGCGCGCUUGUGCUGGUGGUGAGAGAGAAGUUGGCGGCGCCAUCCGUGGCGUUCCAGGAAACAACUGCAUCACUAUCCGAGUGGCAGUCAACAUCCACAUCAAUGUUCUCCAGAGGACAGGAUGUGCCCAUCGCACUGCAAGAGACGUUGUGCCCGUACAUGGAGGUGGCCUGGACUCUGUAGGAGGAGGCGGCAGCAGCAGAGCUCCAGCUCACCAGAGCCUCACGUGAGGUGUGAGUGGUGGCAGCUUCCGUGAGCGCCUGAAACUGAGGCACGAUCUACAGACCCUUGCGAUGUUAUUGGCUUGUGAUGCAUGUGCUAACCUCAUGCUGGGUGUGUGCCGCUGUGUUUCCAAGCCUGGGCUCCAAACACUGGCCACAGUCCUGCUCACACAGAUGUUUGUCGACCAUCUCCUUAAUGUCAUCCAGCAGCAUUCCUGCUCGGAAUAUGUCUCCCUCCAACAACCUACAACACACACACAGGUGAUCCUGACUCACCGGGGUAACUUGAAGAAGAGAAUCCAUGCGUUUGCAUGUCGUAAUAUCAGAUGUGAGGUUGAAGUCUUACCAGAAAUUUGAGGAGGAAAGGUCCCAAGAUGGCGUCGUCCCACCGAGCGACCUUGACCUUGACCUACAACCAGCUCAUCUGAAACCGCCUCUGCAUAUUUGACGAUGUGCCGGAACCGUCGGCUUCUCCGGAUCCCUGAAGAUGUGUGGCUUCUCUGACGGCUGGACCGAAUCUUCCAGCACCCGGCUGAUCAAGUCCAGCAUCCCCGGGGACGACUGGGCUCUGUGCAUGGUGCUGGAGGCUGGCGGACCAGGCUUGGCUGGACCACUGGCAGCUUUAGGAAUUUUGACCUUGGGAGCAACUUUGGAAAAGUCCGGACGCGGGUAGUGGACUUGACCUUGGCCAUACUUGAUGUCGCUGAACGAUCUGGUACGUGUGAGGGAUACUUUUGGAGGCCCCUCAUCCGAUGCAUCCGGUUUGGUGGCAUCCAACGCUUCCUCCUGCUCCCUUGCUGUGAAGUGCUUCUCCUCCAUUGCAGUCAGUGAACGGUCAUCGUCUGUCGCUUCCCUGUGCUGGUUCAAGUCUUGACCGCUCAUCGGUGUCCUCUCAGCCUGCUUGCUGUUGAGGGUCACAGCCCUGCUGCGAAAUCCACUCCAUCUGGACUGGCUUGGACAGUCCCAUCGGAGCUGCUGUUGCCUUCUGGACUACUUGUCUGAUGGAAAUAGAAGCUGCUCAGAUGACCAUCAUACGACUCAGCAGAUUCCCAGUUCCAGUGCAGAAAAAGUACAGGAUGGAGGUGUCCUGCCUGGAGCUGGCCCUGGAAGGCGAGCGCCUCUGCAAGGUGGGCGACUACAGCGCCGGGGUCUCCUUUUUUGAAGCCGCCAUCCAAGUGGGCACGGAGGACCUGCAGGUGCUCAGCGCCAUCUACAGCCAGCUGGGGAACGCCUACUUCCACCUGCACGACUACGCCAAGGCGCUGGACUUCCACCGGCACGACCUCACCCUGACCAGGACCAUCGGGGACCUGCUGGGCGAGGCCAAAGCCAGCGGGAACCUGGGGAACACUCUCAAGGUUCUGGGCAGGUUCGAGGAGGCGGUCGUUUGUUGUCAAAGACACCUGGACAUCGCCCGGGACGUUGGGGACAAGGUGGGCCAGGCGCGAGCGCUCUAUAACUUCGGGAACGUGUACCACGCCAAGGGCAAAAGCAUCAGCUGGAGCGGCGCGGAGCCCGGGGAGUUUCCCGAGGAGGUGAUGGCGGCUCUCCGCCGGGCGGCCGAGUUCUACGAGGCGAACCUGACCAUCGUGAAGGAUCUGGGGGACCGAGCCGCUCAGGGUCGGACCUAUGGUAAUCUGGGGAACACGCACUACCUGCUGGGGAACUUCCGCCAAGCCGUGGCGUCUCACGAGCAGCGUCUGCUCAUCGCGAAGGAGUUUGGCGACCGGGCAGCGGAGCGAAGGGCCUACUGCAACCUGGGCAACGCCUUCAUCUUCCUGGGGGAGUUUGAAGUUGCAGCCGAACACUACAAGAGGACGCUGCAUCUGGCCCGGCAGCUGAAGGACCGGGCGGUGGAGGCGCAGGCCUGCUACAGCCUGGGCAACACCUACACCCUCCUGCAGGACUACGAGAGAGCCAUCGACUACCAUCUCAAGCACCUCAUCAUCGCCCAGGACCUCAACGACCGAAUUGGCGAGGGCCGCGCCUGCUGGAGCCUGGGCAACGCCCACACGGCGCUGGGGAACCACGACCAGGCCAUGCACUUCGCUGAGAAGCACCUGGAGAUCUGCAGAGAGACUGGAGACCGGAGCGGCGAGCUCACUGCCCGCAUGAACGUGUCCGACCUGCAGACGGUUCUGGGUCUGAGCUACAGCACCAAUAACUCCACGCUGUCCGAGAACAGCAUGGACAACAAGCUGGCAGGCGCCAGGUCGAGGCUGAGCAGGCGACACAGCAUGGAGAACCUGGAGCUGAUGAAGCUGACGCCAGACAAGAUGAACGGUCAGAAGUGGAGCAGCGACAUCCUGACCAAGCAGAACAAACCCUCCAUGGUCAAGAGCUCGUCCAAGCUCUUCUUCGUCAGCCGUCUGAGAGGCAAGAAGCACAAGUCCAGCAGUAAAGUCCUGCAGGACACCAGCAACACGCCGUCAGCACAGGCGCCGCAGAAGCGCCACAGCCCGGACGCUCUCGGGGACGAGGGCUUCUUUGACCUGCUGAGCCGCUUCCAGAGCAACCGCAUGGACGACCAGCGCUGCUCCGUCCAGGACAAAGGCAGCAAGCUGUCGCUGAACAGCGGCCCGCCGUCGCCCCCUACAGUCAUCAGGAAAUCCGUGUCCGAGUCAGCCGACGUGUCGGGCGCCCACAGCCGGCGCCUGGAGGCGUCGUCGGCAGUGGGCGGGAGUCUCCCGGGCCUCAGGCUCAACCAGAACAGCAGCCAGGCCGUGCUCAGCCACCUGAUGGCCAACGCUGACGGCGGCGAGCCGGACGACAACUUCUUUGACAUGCUGGUCAAAUGCCAGGGGUCCCGCCUGGACGACCAGCGCUGCGCACCCCCGCCCCCUCAAGCCCGCGGACCCACAGUACCGGAUGAGGACUUCUUCAGUCUCAUCAUGCGCUCACAGGCCAAGCGGAUGGACGAGCAGCGAGUCACACUGCCGUCGCACAACGCCGCCCGACCCGGGUCCAGCUGAGCCCACCUCGGUGAAUCACGUCCAACAGAAGCACUGUGGCGCCUCGCUAUUUCAAUACGCUUGCACAGGAACACUGUGGUAUCAGGGAUGAAUUUCACUUUCCUGUCCUGAAUCUUUGUGUAUUUUUAAAUACACACGUCUUUUUAUAUGUGUUUCUGUCAGUAUCACCUUCUAACAUCUUCUCUUUACAGUGUGUUUAAACUGUCCUUGUUAUAACAAAAAAAAACUUUUGUACUGAGAAGUCUCAGGCGAGGAAUAAAGCCUCCUGUUGUUUGUCACCCGUGAUGAAGUCAGUUCCGAUCAAAAACUAGUAAAAGGCAUUUUAUUGAACGUACCGGCAGUCAGACAUCAGCAUAAAUACCACAUUUAAACUAGCAUUAAAAAAAACACUAAAUACUGUACACACAUGGUCAGAACUGAAUAAAUACAUCUGUUAGUUUGGCUGUAUUUGUCGCGUCUAUACACACGUGAGCAUUAAAAACAUCUCAGAAAGCAAAUCCGGAGACAAAGUGCAUGUCAAUAACAUUAUGCCCAAAUACUUUUAAAAUCAUCACCACCUCUUCUUGUGCCUUUAAAUGCGGGAGGAAAUCCGCCCCCUGGUGGUGGGACUCCACUCGCCACUAAAUGCAACGGCUUCCCUUUGUCAACAAUACAUCAGUGCAGCGGAGAAACGACUUCGCUCCGUAAAAAACAAAAACAAAAACAAGCUCAUGGGCAGCAACACAGCAGCCACAGUGACUAGAUAACACGCCCCUCAGAGUCA